AUGGAUAUUGACCCUUCUCGGGAAAAUCCGUCACCCGAAAGCUGUUUCUUGCCUGGAGGGCAGUCUUCCGCCGCUCUCAGGCAGGCUAUCUCGCAGAUUCUGCACCGUUUUACCUACCAGGAGGCCCGACGGGGUAACGGCAAAGAUGCAGUUUUUCAGGACCUUAGUGUUCUAAUAGAAGCUGCAGAAUAUGGCAGAUUGUUUGAGGGGGAUGGAGCACAAAUCCGUGGAAUGUCUGAAAUGCUGGGGGAGGUGGCCAAAGCCCUGGGAAUGUAUGCUGCUCCACCCAAGGAAGAGGUGGGCAGUCGUGAUGACAGCUCUGGGGUGGAUGAGAAAGCCACAGAAGUUGGAUUACUGUUUCUCAAGCUGCUUGGGAAAGUUGAAACUGCCAAGAAUUCCCUGUUCUGCCCUGCAUGGAAGACAGGCCUGCAUCACUUGGCAGGACCAGUCUAUAUUUUUGCCAUCACACACAACUUAGAGCAACCGUGGACCAGCCCAAGAUCUCGUGAGAUUGCUGGAGAGGUGCUAUCCUUAUUGCUUCGAGUUUCUAACUGUGAUUCUGUAGCAGGAUUCCUUCACGGAGAAAAUGAAGAAGAGAAAGGGAGAUUUACUAUGAUUAUGGGGCUUCUCAAACCCGAUUUGAAUAAGGAAUCCUGGAAAAAUAACCCUGCCACGAAACAUGUUUUCUCAUGGACUCUGCAACAGAUUACUCGACCCUGGCUGAACCAACACCUAGAAAGGAUACUUCCCCCAUCACUGCUCAUCUCAGAUGACUACCAAAUGGAGAACAAAAUCCUGGGCAUACGCUGCCUCCAUCACAUUGUGCUUAAUGUGCCAGCUGCUGACUUGCUCCAGUACAACAGGGCCCAGGUCUUAUACCAUGCCAUUUUCAACCACCUGUACACACCGGAGCACCAGCUCAUUCAGGCUGUGCUCUUGUGUCUGCUGGAUUUAUUCCCUGUCCUGGAGAAAGCGGAGCAGUGGAAGGGAGGUGCUGUUCGACCUACCACUCACUGUGAUGAGGUUCUGCAACUGAUCCUGACUCACAUGGAGCCAGAGCACCGCCUUCUCUUACGCAGGACCUAUGCAAGAAACUUACCAGCUUUUGUGAGGAGGUUGGGGAUCCUGACUGUCCGGCACUUCAAGAGGCUUCAGCGAGUCGUCAUUGGUUAUCUGGAGGUUUAUGAUGGACCAGAGGAAGAGGCUAGAUUGAAGAUACUGGAAACCCUAAAACUUCUUAUUCAGCAUGCUUGGCCCAGGAUUUCCUGCAGACUUGUUGUCUUACUGAAGACUCUCCUAAAACUGAUAUGUGAUGUAGCAAGGGACCCAAACUUUACAUCUGAGUCUGUGAAGAUAGCCUUGUUACAGGAGGCCACAGACUGCCUUAUUCUCUUGGACCACUGCUCACAAGGGCAGGUAAAGGGUCUCCUGGCCAAAAUUCCCCAAAGCUGUGAAGAUGGCAAGGUGCUGAGCUGUGUCAGAAAAGUCCAACAGGCUUCUGAAGGCGCUUACUCUGAUGGAACUUAA